CCUACUCUUUUUUAAUAUUUUGUAAAAUGCUAUCAAGACAAAUUCUACAGAAGAUUACUAUCAGGUGCUUUGCCAACGAUGCCAUUCGGAAAGGCCUCAUUGGGAUGGUCGGUCGAACUCCACUUGUCCGUAUAAAUAAGCUUAGUGACGAAACAGGCUGUGAGAUUCUGGCAAAGGCUGAAUUUUGUAACGGGGGAGGGUCUGUUAAAGAUCGAGCUGCUCUAUUUUUAAUCAAGGACGCCGAGGAGAAACGAUUGAUUCGACCUGGAGGAACCAUAGUUGAGGGUACUGCAGGGAACACGGGUAUUGGCCUCGCUCAUAUGUGCCUUGCCUUAAGAUACAAAUGUGUCAUCUACAUGCCAAAUAAUCAAUCCCAAGAAAAGAUAGAUAUGUUGAAAACACUCGGAGCUGAUGUUCGUCCUGUACCCGUCGUUCCUUGGGAUGAUCCGGAUAAUUACAAUCAUCAAGCUAGAAGAUUUGCUGAGAGUGUAGAAAACGCAGUCUGGACGAAUCAAUUUGACAACACGGCUAAUAAAAAAGCCCACAUUGAAACUACUGGACCUGAAAUAUGGGAAGAAACGAGAGGCAAGGUAAAUGCUGUUGUUUUUGGCACUGGAACUGGUGGAACGCUCGCUGGCGUUGGUACUUACCUCAAAGACAAAAACCCAAACGUCCAAGUAUUUUUAGCAGACCCAGAAGGCAGCGUUUUGUUCAACUAUAUUAAACAUGGAAAGCUCGAGAGGACACCAGGUAGCUCCAUAACUGAAGGUAUUGGUCAAGGUCGUGUUACAAAAAACCUUGCAGGGGCCCCGAUAGACGAUGCUUUGGCAAUUAAAGAUAAGGAUGCAGUAGAAAUGACAUUCCGUUUAUUACACGAAGAGGGUUUCUUUGUCGGGGCAUCUACAGGAUUGAAUGUCAGUGCUGCUGCCCAGGUAGCUAAAUUAAUGGGACCAGGUCACACUAUCGUUACUUGUUUAUGUGAUACGGGUCAAAGAUACUAUGCUAAAUUAUUCAGUCGCUCAGUUUUACAAGAAAGAGGGCUAUUAGAUUGCAUUCCCGAAUCCUAUAGAAGUUCACUUCACUAGAAAUGUUUGUCCCAUUCUAUGAUACUAAAAUGGUACCAGAAACACUACAAUCUUCUAAAUUAAUGAUUAGGCUGCUUGGUUAUAUCUUAUUGUUGAUUUUAAUAACAUAUACUAGUUUAUAAUAAAAUGUUAUCGAAAACCCAG